AUGUCUGUUUGUCAUGAAGUCGAAUCAUUACAUCAACUUCUUAAUGUUGUAUCAGCAUUCAUCCAAAGCGGUGCCGAUCUUCAAGAACCAGUUAUGGUCAGAAAUUUUGUAGAGUCAAAAAUGAAGGAUAAAACAGUUACAGUAUUAGAUAUAUUAGAUUUCUUAGAAUCCAUCAAAUUCAGGGUACAAUGUGUUGAAGAACUCAAUGUUAAGGCAUUAUAUUCAAUGAGAUGGAACUAUUUUCUUGAUCUAUUCAUUGAAAUAUUUAGUGAAAAAGAGAUCGCAAAUAACUUUGGCAAGAUCAAAAAUCUUUAUUUGUUAAAUAAACCAAAAGAUUAUUAUGAUCCAAUAGAGCAUUGCCCAGUUCUUACUACGGAUGAUUAUGAAGAGGCUGUAUUAAUGCCAGAUGGAACUUAUUUAAUGGAAGAAAAUGAAUGUGCUCCAGUAUUUGAUUCAUUUGAUCUCUAA